CUCUAAACUUGUUUGUGAAGAAUGAGCUCCACAAUCACCACACCCACCAAUUACACCUCAACACUCUUGACCUUUCAUUUUCUUUCUCUUUAAUUCUCUGCAACUUCCUGCUCCUUUCAUUAUCACUACCUCCACUACUACAUCCCUACGCCUCUCUGAUACACCUAUUUCAAACAUUUUCCAUUAUUCCUCUCAUUUCACCUUCUGGGUCUUCCAUUUUUCCAUUUGGGUCUUCUUCUUUGCCUUUGAUUUCGCAUUUUUCUUCGUUUUCCCCAAAUGGGUCGUCUUCUAAUCAAGCUUUUCUGAAGGAAAACAAGAACAAACCCCCUCUGUUCUUCGCAUUCAAUCCAAGCUCGGCCAUGGCGAUGCCAGAUUUACGGAUCUGAAUUUGAGCCUCUAGGGUUUUGUUUUGUUUUGUUCUUGACGAAUCUUCCUAGAGCCUCUAGGGUUUUGUUUUAAUCCUUUCAUGACCUGAAAAUCUCUCUGCAUUUCCUGUCUGAGAGAGAUUUUCCGCCAUGGAAUUUCUCUCACCGGCUUCGUAUCUUCGAAAUUCCAAUUGGUUAUUUCAAGAAACAAAAGAAACCCAAUGGACCCCUGAAGAAAACAAACGAUUCGAGAAUGCUUUGGCCUUGUACGAUGAGGACACUUCUGAUCGGUGGCUCAAAGUCGCCGCCAUGAUCCCCGGAAAAACCAUCGGCGAUGUGGUUAAGCAUUACCAAGAACUUGAAGAAGAUGUCUGUGACAUUGAGGCUGGCCUGAUCCCUAUUCGUGGCUAUGACAAUCGCCAUUCCUUCACAUUGGAAAGGGUCGAUAGCAGCCAUGGAUUUGAUGGUUUGAGCCAUUUUUAUGGCGCUGGAUUCAAGACGGGGACCUCUACUACACCGGAACAUGAAAGGAAGAAGGGAAUUCCAUGGACUGAAGAAGAACACAGGCAAUUUCUGAUGGGUCUUAAAAAAUAUGGUAAAGGAGAUUGGAGAAACAUUUCUCGUAAUUUCGUUUCGACAAGAACACCGACGCAAGUGGCUAGUCAUGCUCAAAAGUACUUCAUUAGACAGCUGACGGGAGGGAAGGAUAAGAGAAGAUCGAGUAUCCACGACAUAACAACCGUUAAUCUCCCCGAUAUAAAAUCCCCAUCUGGAGACAGUAACAGACCACCAUCAAUGCCUACACAGCUGCAUCAGCUUUCGAAAAUGGUCGGUAGGGCCGAGCAGCCAUUCGACUGGAAAUGUUCGAAUCAAGGGAUCGCUAGAGUUCUCGAAUCAACCACGACGACAAACGGUAACAUGUUAGAUGAAGCUCAGCUACUGGAUCAUAACACUAAUCAUGGAUCUGCUCUUGCACCUUACUAUACUAUUUUUGAGAUGCAACAUUAUGGAUGAACUUUUUGUUUCCUUUUAGUUUUACUUGGACAUAUUGAUUGUUGGAACUUAGGAUUGGAUCGAUUGCUCUAUCAUAUGAUUGUGUUUGAUAUUGUUUGAGCGGGUCAUGUUAACUUUAUGAACUAAA